CUUUUAUUCAUGUUGAGACUUUCAAACAGAUCGGUCGUGCAUUUGACGUCGUCGCGGGUCGUGAAACAAGUUAUUAAAAACAAAUAUGUGUAGCAACAAGAACAAAUAUCAUCAUCAAUAAACAAAAACAGCAAAAACAACACACCAAGAAGAUUUGAAUAUUUACGUGGAAGUUUUGUUGACUCACCAAUACUAAUAUUUCACAUAUUUGGUUGUUGGUGUUGUUGCUUGACGGGGCCAAGUUGAUGUCUCUCUUCCCCUGGCUGUGCCUCUCUCAACAACAAACGCCAUUUAAUUCGUGUGAUUAGUGUGUGCCUGUACGUUCAUGACGGGGAAGAACCAUUUUUAUUUUUCAACGAAUGAAUCAAGAGAUAACACACUCACUUACACACAGUCCGCGGCCCUGUUUGGUUAGUCAAUGAUAAUUGACAGAGAGAGUUUUAUUCCAUUGCAAUAUUAAACGUUAAAUUGUAAACAGUGAAUUACGCAGCAUUUAAGAAAAAACUCGUAGAAAUACAAAGAAAAUUUUCCAGUCCCACAUUACAGGGGAUUAAAAUAACGGAAAAAUUGGAAAACUAAAAAGAAAGAACCAAAACAAAUUGCCAACUUAAAUUUAAAGAGAACGAAGAAAAAGAACGACGCCAUGUUGCCACAUUAUUUUGGUAGCAAGGAUAUUGUCGAUAUGGACACUAAUGAAAGGAUACGAUACAUGAGUGAAUCGUCAAUGUCUGGCACCAGUGGUUAUUCGACAAACGCAUCGCCGGCACGUUCACAAGGUUCUUUGGGAAACUCGCCAGCACAUUCACCAUCAACAAUCCUGCAAACUGAGCUUUCUAAUUUGACAUUCUCCAACAGCUAUCAGCAUCUUUCACCGUCACCGCCUUCAUCGUCUCCGCCACAAUUACUACAGCAGCAGCAGCAAUAUGUUCAAUUACAGAAUGUUCCACUAAAUCAAGCAGGUUAUGGCAAUUACAAUAACAACAGCAACAUGUCUGGUAACUAUAUACUUGAUGAUGUGAUGGGGACUAUUCCAAAUACCACAAAUUUCCAACAACAACAGCCACAAUCGGCACAAUUAUCCUCAUCAUAUAUGCCAGUAAAACGUGAUUACCCCGCCACGCUGCGCAUAUUGGAACAACCAGUUGAAAAGUUCCGUUUUCGUUACAAAUCGGAAAUGCAUGGAACACAUGGUUCUCUCAACGGUGCCAACUCACAGCGUACCACGAAAAGCUUUCCCGAAAUCGAGUUGUGCGACUAUAAGGAACCAGCCAUAAUACGUUGCAGUCUAUUUCAGGCAAAUCGCGACAGCCCGCAUUCCCAUCAGUUGGUGGUGCGAAAAGAUGAUCAUGACAUCUGUGAUCCACAUGAAUUGAAGGUAUCGCAGCAAACGGGAUUUUUCGUGGAAUUUAAAAACAUGGGAAUUAUUCAUACGGCAAAGAAGUUCAUUGUUGAAGAACUCUUGAAAAAGAAACGUAAACGUUUGCAAUUCGAAUUGGGUCGGGAUAAUUUGACCACCAAGGAGCAACAGGAGUUGAGUAUACAAACGGAAAAGGAGGCCAAGGAUAUGAAUUUGAAUCAGGUUCGUUUAUGUUUCGAGGCCUUUGGUUAUGACCAGAACAACAAGUGUAUACCCAUUGCAGCCCCGGUCUAUUCGAACACCAUUAAUAAUCGUAAAUCCGCCCAGACAGGUGAAUUGAAAAUCACCCGCCUAAGUAUUGCCACGGGCAGUGUAACAGGUGGCGAAGACCUUAUUCUGUUGGUGGAAAAGGUGAAUAAGAAAAACAUCAAAGUUCGUUUCUUCGAAAUGAACGAAGACGAUUUGGUGUGGGAGGCAUACGCAAGUUUCCGCGAAUCCGAUGUACAUCAUCAAUAUGCCAUUGUUUGUCGCACGCCUCCAUAUGAAAAUAAGGAUAUUGAUAAACCGGUUGAGGUGUUUAUACAAUUGGUUAGACCAACGGAUGAUGAGCGUAGUGAACCACCGGUAUUGUUUCGCUACAAGCCGCGUGAUGCGGUGACAUCACGUAAGAGGAGACGCAUCUGUUCCUCUAUGUCUGGUGGCGACAGUAGUAGCAGCAGUGGCAACUCAGGCUCGCUUAGCUCGGGCGAAAUACCAAGGACCAUACAAGAACAGCAACAAUCGGGCAAUUUUUACAAAUUUCUGAGCGAAGAAAUCGAACGUUUGGUGAACGACGAAAACAUGCGUAAAAAAUACCUCGAAGGUACGGGCUAUAGUGAUGAUUUAUUGAAAAUGUUGGCUGUUGAUGACAAUUCUGUAAUUGGAGGUGUCGGCGGCGGCGGUUUAGGUAAAACGGAAAAGGAUGGUGCUGCCACAAAUUCUUCAGAAAGAAGUAAAUCGUUAUUACAUUAUAAAAAAUUAAUGAUAAGCAAAAAGCUAAUGGACACAGCCAAAGAAAAGCAACAACAGGACCAGCAGAAGCAUAACAACAGUAUCCCGGUGAAUAAUUCCGCCCAAAGUUAUAUGCAACAAAUCGUCAAAAUAUUUGUUAGUUCAAAAGGCUCCGCCUUCACGGACACAGAACGCAGACAAGCUGCUGAGGACAUAAGCAAGCUAUAUAAUGAUUAUUCAGAUUUAAAUGCCGGCGAAUCUCUGUUACAUGAAAUGGUGGUGAAUGACAAUAGCAAAUUUGCCAUACAACUGUGUCAUAUCUUGAAAUGUUUUCAACUUCAAAAUCUAUUGAAUAGCGUUGUAAACAACAACAAUCAAACAGUUUUGCAUACUGCCUGCUUGUAUAAUCGUCCCCACUACAUUCGGCCGCUGCUGAAUCUAGGCUGUAAUCCCAAUUUACAGGAUAAAAAGGGCGAUACCGCCAUGCACAUUGCUGUGCGAGAAAAGCACACCUCAUGUUUGGAAACCUUUUUGAAAACGAACAACGAAUUGAAAUUAAAUUUACGCAAUGAUGAUGGUUUUACGCUCCUACAUCUGGCCGUACGGGAUAAUAAUUAUGAAAUCGCCUCCAAGUUGAUACAACAUGACGAUAGCCUAUCAUUAGUAUCGAGUUCUAUAGACGGCAACAAUGCGCUGCACAUCGUAGUACAGCAACAAAAUUUAGAAUUGGUCAAAUUAAUGCUGGAAAAUCACAGCAUGGGCGAAUAUUUACUGCAUGCCUGUAAUACAGCCGGUCACACCCCCCUAGAUCUGGCCCGUCAACUAGCCACAUCCAACAAACAGGCAGCGGAAAUUCUAAGUCUAUUACAAUCACGGUGUCCAACAACAAAACCGGCUGCCACAGCCAAUACCACCGUGGUAAUGCCUUUCAGUGACAUGGAGGACAGUUGCUCCAAUCUGGUGAUAAAAGAAGAAGAGCCCUCAUCCCACUCCUCCACCGACAACGACGACGAAGAUGAGGAAAGCAAUAGUGCAUCGCUGCAUCAGUCUAUGCCAAUGGUUACGCUGCCAACCAUUUCCCCAGACGAUGAAAGUGCCAUGGAUGUACAAAUAAAAGUGGAACAACCCGAGGAGAAUGAUGCUGGUGAGAAUGUUGUUGGCCAAUUUAGCUCAUCAGACCUAAAAGAGGCCUUGGAAAACCCCAACACAUUUUCGCAAUUAUGUAAAGCCCUAAAGGCAAACGAUUUGUGGAAAAAGAAAUUGCCCAUACCACAUUUUUAUCUCAAUCAAGCUGAUUUCAUGUUGAACUAUGUUAAACGCAACAUAGAAAGUAUUGAUGUUCAGCUCUUUGCCCAGACCCUACAAGAAAUUGACCCAAACAUUUUGGGUUUAAUAAAGAAAUAAUUGAAGUAAAUCUAACUUUGUUUAAUACCUAUUAUCGUUCUUUUUAAGUUUAUAAAAGUAAUCAUUUCCGAAGCGAUUUAUUGAUUAUUAUUUUUACGUUAUACUUAGGCCUUUACCUACCUUUAUUUAUUCGUUAAGAAAUUAAAUGUAAAAUUACCGUAUUGUUAAGUUCUAACAUCAUCAUCCAUCAUCAUAUUAAUAAAGGAAAAUAUGUGUAUACAUUUA